UAGGAGUUGUAAGUUUGAUUCCUGAAUUAUAAGGACACUGUUGAAGUUGCUAGAAAAUCAGCUAUGUUUGUCACAAGACCACUCUCCCUCUACCGUAACCAUCCAAGUGCCCUCUUAGCCCGUCCCCCUUCGGACUCUCCAUGUACAGGGUUCAUAGUAGUCAGUGAUGAGGAGUCAGAAGAAAUGGAUACCUUUUGUUGGGGCAUAUGCAAGAGCAACAGAAUCAAGAGAUUACCCUUUCCUCAAGACAGGAUUUUGAAUAUUGUUCACACAUCAGAACAUGAGCAGUCAAGAGUUUCGAAGGUCUGGUUCAUACCAGUCCCUGAUCAACCUUUGUCAUCCAAUCGGUAUUAUGUAAUCAAAGCAGGAGGCUACCACAAAGGGCAAGCACAUACAUGUUCCAGAGAGGAUGGCAUCGAAACAUGCUGCUACAACAAUGUGAGAGUGGAUGCAAAGCCACAGCCUUUUGAUCACAGGGACGUGUAUCAGCAAUUUGAGAUUCGCCCAUAUGGAAAUAGUGGAUUUUACGCGAUUCCGGUUGCUUGGGAUGGUUUUCCUCCAAAGUUCCUGAGAAAGAGAGGAUGGGAAGUUCACAUUUCGCAUUCAUUCAGACUUCACCUAAGAGAAGCUCAAGGCAUCCGCACCACUUCUCUAUCAGAUGUCCCUGAAUUUCAUGUUCCGCUACUUCCCAGGCGAUCCUCUCCCAUUAUUAUAGGCAAGUGGUACUGCCCUUUCGUAUUUGUCAGAGAAAGAGCCAAAGUGAAGGAACAGAUGAAAGCUUCUCUGUUCUAUGAGUUGACUCUUAAGCAAUGGUGGGAACAAAUUUAUUCGUGUGAAAACCAAGGCGACAGAGGCAAUAUGGUAGUAGUUGAUGCAUGCGUAAGAAAGUUUGUUACUUUAGUUUAUGGUAUGGAAGCAGAGAAACAAGAUACCUCUAGAAAUGAUGGUGACGGGUUCAUUUGGUUUAGGGCCAAAGCCAGAUAUGGGAAGAAAGCAACUGUAGGUCUGAGUAGAGUUAUAUAUGAGAAAUUAAGAUGGCUGCAAGAGAGCAGAGGAUGGUUUGAUGGAGGAGUGGAAGAUGUUAGAGUAGAGGGGGAAAACGAGAUUAGAAGUGAGAACGGGUGGAGAAGGUUUGGGUGCUAUUUGUUGGUUGAGAGCUUUGUUUUCAGGAGAAUGGAUGGAAGCUUGCUGAUCAACUUCAAUUUCAAGAACAGUCAUAGGAUUCAAUGCAAAUGCGAGUGAUACUUUGUUUCCUCCUGUCUAAGCCUAUAAGGCUGUUUGUUGCUUCGUUUCGCAAUUGUGGUUUUAUUGUAUACCCACCACUCACUACCGUAGCCAUCCAUGCAUACCCCUUCUUAGAUUCUUUCUAUUAUUUUCCAUAACCAUCUCAGCUGUAGCCAAAGAAACAUGAAGAGAAGGCAAAUUAAUGGCUGCUUGGAUAAUUAAGCUCUCUUUAAACUUUUUCCUGUCCAUAAUUGAGUUGAGUAUAUAGAUGAGUUG